AUUGUAGAAUAUGGGAUACUGGCCAAAGACGACAUAUGUUGUCAAAUCCGUUGAAUGCGUAUAAUUGUGUAUGUGUGUGUGUGUGCGUGCUAGUGUGUUCUGGAUUUUCUUGUCUUUUUUCCUACCCGCCCUUCUCUGAUAUGUAGGAAUUAGCGAUCAUUGCUUAACUAUAAACCAACCCUAAUCAAAGUGCCGAAUCCUUAAAAAGACAGCUGUUGUCAUGUGCUUUAAUUCACAGCUAUCUCCCUUUGUCAAGCAAAGCUGGACACAGUUGUCUGGUAGAGACAGCUAGGGAACAGGGGUUAACAGACUUCUCUCAGUGAAAUGGUCUUUUACACAUCCAUGCCACAUGCCCAUCAGUCACAAAAAUCAGAGGAUACAGUCUCCAUGGAUCCACAAAAUAAUUUUGAUCGCACCAACAGCGAUGAGCAGCAGUUGGAGAACUGCAAUCGAACUGAAUGGAUUGGCAUGGGGAGAAGCGACACUUUCAACCUGGCUAAGCGGCAGCUUUGGAACUGGAUCUGUCUUUUAGUGGUUUCUACGUGCCUGUUACUCCGACCAGUGUGCUGCCAGAAAUGUCGAAUUCAGCGCUGUAAUGCGGAGUACGUGGCCUCGUUCUCACCCUCCGGUGGCUUGCAAGAGGAGGUGCUUCCAGAAGUAGACUACUGCAUCGCUCUGAGGGCCUACUCGUUGUGUACGCGCCGCACAGCUCAUGGAUGUAGAGGGGACUUGGUGUACCACUCCGCUGUAUUCCGUAUUAAAGAGCUCUUUGCACAACACAACUGCUCCAGUGAUGGCCCAACAUCAUCGGCCAAAGCACCCAGCACUUCCAAGCCGCCAGUAGUGGACGUCUGCAACUAUGAAAGCACGGUGCUCGCAUUGGGCCCGGCGGCCCAACAGAAAAAGUACGGACAUUGUGGAUUAUUCGGUGAUCCUCACUUACGGACCUUUCGGGAUGAGUUCCAGACAUGUAGGGUUGAAGGGGCCUGGCCACUCAUCCACAACCGAUACCUUUCAGUUCAAGUCACAAAUGUACCAGUGGUCGAAGGAUCCAGUGCUACAGCAACCAACAAGAUAACCGUCAUCUUCAAGUCCUACCAUGACUGCACCGAGCAGAAGGUGUACCAGGCCACCACCGAGGACCUGCCGUCGGCAUUCCAGGACGGCACACGAAGCGGUGGGAAAGGAGAGAGCCUGUGGAUCGUGGAGGGUAGUGGAGGUCUAGGUAUACGGCAAGUGAAGAUCCACGCUCGCUACCUAGGCACGUCCAUCAUUGUGCGACAAGUGGGUCGCUACCUUACGUUUGCCAUCCGCAUGCCUGAGGACUUAGCAGAGGAGAACGGGGGCCUGCAGCUGUGUCUGCACGGCUGCCCGAGCAGUGAGGUCAUCAAAGCCCACGUGCUCAACCGGCAGCAGACCCUGCGUCCGCCUCGACUCGUGGCCGGCUGGUACGGGGAGAACGACGGCGGCGGCGGCGAGCUGCAGCAAGGCCUCUCAUCGCACGUGGACAUGCUGGAACAUGCGACCACAAAGUGUCGAGAGAUGCUCCAGGUGGAGGACGUUUAUUUCCAGUCGUGCGUGUUCGAUCUCCUCACGACGGGAGAUCCGGAGUUCUCCAUGGCUGCGUAUGGAGCCCUGGAGGACCUUAAGGCGCUUCCGCCAAGCACUCUGAAACAAAGCUCACCCAGGACUCCACACACUUAUAGCAGAGGAACAGUAGUUACACCGUCUGUUUUCACAGCUCUGGUUCUUAUGCUGCUUUUGAACUGAAGGAGCUGGUCUAGACGCCAGCUUGAGAAUGGAUCCCCACCAGCCAGACUGUUCUUCAAGCAUGAAACCCUCCUGGAAAAACAAUCAAACUGACUUCAAACCGUCUGCAAGUGAGAGACGGAUCCAAACGGACUCAUUUCCAUUGAAACCUGCAGUGUUUUACACUCCAGGCUCUCCGAACGUGAAAUCGACAAUCGCUCGAAUCUGGAAACGAUGAAGGCAGCUAAUCGGCAGAGCUUCAAGGGUGUCACCGAUUAAAGAAUGGAGACUGUUGAUACAGACGUGACAUUAUUGGAUGAAAUUAGCGUAAAAAGACACAUAGAAUGUCCUCACUUCUUCCUGAAUCCCACAAGUUCAAACUUUCUACUCCAAUAUCAAAAGAUAUGUUAUCUACACAGGAUCCAACAACUACAUGAAAUGCUACCUAUCCAUAUUCAUUUGAUUCUGGGCCCAUACAUCCACACACUAAGCUGCUUAUUAAGGAAAAAAGAAAACAAAUUCUUUAUAUAAUAAUAUAUUGAAAGAGUGUAUAUAUGUGUGUGUGUUUUAUAUGUGUACAUUAAUUUGUGUAUAGAUGUUUUAAAUGUGAUGUUUUGAAGCCGUUUCAUCUAGUUAGAUAUCUUUCUUAGUUUGUAUAUAACUAAUAUUUGCUGUAUUGCGUAGUCUGUUGUUUUCCAUAUUAAAAAAAAGUUGACUAUCUCAA